AUGACGAACGACGCGAUCGCGCCCGCGGAGCGCGCGGAGGAACGGCUCCUCGCGCUCGCGGAGCGCGGCGCGAUUCGCGGCUCGCGCUCGGAGGAGGACCGUCGCUGGCGCGCGGCGAUGGCGAAAGCGUCCCCAGACGAGUUCUGGGAGUGGCAGCGUGAAGACGAGUGGUGGGCGCAGCACGCGAAGUGGUCCGAGGCGGCGUACGCGCCCGCGAGGAAGAAGUACGCGGACGUCGUGAGCGAAUUCGUCGCCGGCGUGGACGUGAACGCGUCGGCGGAGCGAUGCUUCCGGCUGUGGCGCGACCCGGACGCGCUUCGAAAGUUCGUCCCCGGGUUGGCGGCGAUUCGCCCCGCGCCGGACGGGCGGUGCUUCGAGUGCAAGCAGCUGUACCAGUUCGCGGAUCCGAGAACGCACGAGCUCGAGGAGUUAUGGUUCAUGACGCACAUCGCGGAGGAGAUGGAGAAUCGAUCGAUCCAUUACCAAGCCACCGACGGCUUCCCGAACGGCGUCGUCGUGACGUUCGACGCGAGCGAAGAAAACGCAUCUUGGACGAGCGUUAACGUGGAAUACUACUGCCACCUCCCCAUGGACCUCGCCGUGAAAGAUGGCGUCAUGCGAGUAUCCCUGGACGUGGAGGGUUUAGUCACCGAGUGCUUGACGCGGUUCGCGAAGCUCGCGGCGGCGGCGGAUGGCGACGACGGCGACGACGACGACGAGAUUUUCCCCGCGCGCGCGCUUCCCGUCGGGUCGGGGCUGCGAGGGAAGGACGGGAGGGAGGUUCAGAGGGGAGAGCCCACGGUCGCGAGCAAGCGCGCGAUGCGCGAGGCGCGGGAGGCGUUCGUGAAGAGGGUGGGGAGGGAGCCGUUCAAGACGGAGCUUCUGAAGGGAGAGACGCGAGGCGCGCGAUGA